AUGGCGAGCCGGAGCGGGGCGCCGGCGCGGCGGCGGCUGCUGCUGCUGGGGCUGCUGGGGCUGCUGCUGCUGGCCGGGCCGGGGGCGCGGGGGGCGCGGGGGGCGCGCGGCGCCGACAAGCAGAACAGCCUCCGGCGGGCGGCCAGCGGCGUCUACCAGGGCGCCAGCGGCCUCCUGGGCGAGGAGAACGUGCGCGCCCUGCAGAAGUUUUUCUCCAGACUGACAGAGCGAUUCGUGUAUGGAGUCGACGUUCUAGUAGAUACCUUCUGGAGAAUAUGGACCGAUCUUCUAGACGUCCUUGGAAUCGAUGGUUCCAACUUGAUCCAUUAUUUCAGCCACACCGCCCUCACCAAUAAUCCAGCCCGGGCCCUUUUGCUGAUCGGUGCCAUCUUGCUGGCUUACUGGUUCAUGUCUCUUCUGCUUGGCUUUUUCUUUUAUCUCUUGCACGUCCUGUGCGGGCGAUUCUUCUGGAUCAUCCGUAUUGUCCUUUUCGCUCUUUCCUGCGUGUACAUCCUCCAGAAAUAUGAAAACGAGCCCGAACACGCGGUGCUUCCCCUCUGCUUUGUUGUGGCGGUCUACUUCAUGACGGGGCCUGUCAGUUUCUACUGGAGGCGGAACAGUCCUAACACCCUGGAGGAGAAGAUUGACCAUCUCGAGAGCCAGAUCAGACUGCUGAACAUCCGUCUGUCUCGAGUGAUCGAGAACCUGGACAGAGGGGGCGACUAACGGAAAGGUCACACUUCGGGACAGCGGCGCUCCGGGAGACCGCCGUGUCUUGUCCAACGAAGUCGACUCUGGGGUAAACGAGCUGCACCGUUAAGCCGUUCUGUGUUGCGAGUAGCUUCUCAGUCAACACACUGAAAGAAAAGCUGAUUAACUUGUAAGAUAGAUUAGCUGUAUAUCUGCCCAUGAGUAGAAUUUUAUCUGCUUUUUUUCCAAGCAUUUGAAACAUCUUUUAUAUAAAAAAGGGGGGGGAGAAGCUUUUAUAAAGGCCAAUUGAGUCGUUAAUUUCAAAUUAGAUGGUUCGCUGCGAAUGUGAUGCAGAUUUCACCUUUGAAAAGAAGGAAGGAAGCAUCAAGACUUCCGUCAGAUGCUUUGCUGAGACCCGGUUGCAAGGAUCGGUUUUCCUGCCCUUUUUCCACCUUGCCUUCAUUCUGUGCCUCGUGUCGUCUUUUGCGUAUGACUGCAGAGGAAAACAAUUCUUUGAGUGCGGUCGAAACAUUGCUCACCCUGAGUUUUAAAAGGAAGAAGUCCCAUCCUUUGGAUACCGACCAUCACUGAGCCUCAAAAGGGUUUCUGUGUUUUUUUCCUCCUAUCAGUUUUAUUCUAAAUAGGCCCUUUCUUUAGUCUACACACACCCAACACACACACACACCCCUCCACAGAGAAGGCAACCCAUCUUCCCAUAAAUGGAUGCAGCCCAUCUCUGAAAUCUCAUCUGCUAAAACCUUCUUGCAGUCCAUGGUUGCUCACCCCAUUUGGCACAACUCGAGCAAAAGUCCUUGAGAAAGAAAAUUAGUAUCGGUCAGAUAAAAACGAAGAACAGCCUCCUGCAUAACAGCGGAAGAUAAGCCGUGCAGAGCUGGCUCUUGCUAUCAAGCGUUUCCAGGGUGGAAGUAACAUUUCCACCCAAAUUACACGCUGCUUUAAAAGAGAGGAGGUGGGCAGAGACGCCCAGGGGCCUCAGCGCUGCUCAUUUUUAAAGGCCGUAAGAACAAUCAGAGACAGAUUUUAAAAAGGGUUGCAAAAAAGGUCGGACGCUGAAAUCUUUCUCAGGAUCGGUGUGGCAAUAAAUUCCGUAAAACGAAAACUUCAGGCAGGUCUGGUGCUUCCUCCCGCCAUUUUUUUCCCCCCUACCGUAGAUGUACAUUGUGUUUGGGCCUUAAAAAGUGGAGAAGCCAAUUUGGUUUCCACGAAGAAUUUGCCCAAGUGGCAGCCUGGGGUUUCUGGUGUAAAUGGUGCCCAUGAAGCAGUGUGUCUCAACCUUGG